AUGACAACAUCCAUGUCUACUUCCAGCACAACCAUCAUCCCUCCCCUGGGAAAAGCUACACAGCAACCCACCUACACCACUGCAGGAACUCUCUACAAUCCGACCAUCACCCCACUCCAGCCACCCUCCCGGAGAGGUCGUGCUUCGAGGUGGGCUCCCCCUUCUCACGCCGAAUUGGCCCUUUUCAACAAGUCUGUUCUGGCCGGUUUUCCUUACAAACCCUCCCGUUCUCCUCCCACCACGGCUUCAAGCCUGAAGCACUACACGCCUCUGCAGCAGAAUAGCGACCGUGCCAUUGAGCCUCCCACGGGUCCAAAGCUCUCAGAACGAACCCUUUCCGAGUCGUCAUCUACCCUGUCGCUCAACAGUGCGCCAUCGCAAGAGAACAUGAACAGCCUUAAUAGCAACGGCCGCCUUCUCGAAGAAACGCGUCUCACAGACGACGAGAAGGAUGAGGACGAACUGAUUCGGAUGAGCGUUCUGCCUGUCAGAACAAUUACCAAUCUAGCAUCCUACCCGAACCCUUCCCAAAAGCUGGCCCAAAAGGCCCUCGACCGCGCUCGAGAGACCUUCAAGGCGGCCGCAGAGACAUCUCGCUCUUUGACUCCCAAUCUAUCCCAACAUGGUUCUCAGAGACGGGAAGGCCCAGGAGCCAGAUCAACUUCUACAAACGUAGACCGAGAGAACCUUCCCCCUUCUGGCUGGAUCUCCAAGCACGACCAGUCGAAGAACGCUACUAGAUCCAGUGUUCUCUCCAGUGGCCCUGGAGCGCCUCAGCCGUUGACCGCCGGGCCACCAGGUCAGAGGCAGUAUAAACCUUCCACCUUGGAGGCUACGUUUCGUGCUCUGCAGUCGGGCAAUCAGAAGCAGUCCUCUGCGACCGACGAGACAUACCUCAAUACGGAUUCUUCUCUGGUCAACAUGGGAAUAUCAGCAAAGAUCACAGCUGCUUCUCGAAUUCAGUCCCCAGACCAAGCGCACCUCGCAACCAAGGACUACUUCGAAGCUUCCCAGCCGAUUGUGAACCCUACAGCCAACAUGGUGCUCCGGUAUGAUCCCAGUCAACCACGUCGACGCACACAAGAUACCCUCUCCGCUGAAGCAGUCAGAGUCUACUUCCCCGACGGGUUUCCUCCAGAUCUUGGCCCUCCAACCGUUCCCUUGCUUUCUAACAGCGCCGGACGUCCCGAGGGCCGCUUUCCUCCCACCCAAGAGGAGCUUCGACUGAGGAAUGCUCGCUGCAAGGUCGCUUUCUACAGCGCCACCCAGGACCUUACAAAGACCCUAGAUGCGAGAAUUGCAGAGGCGCAGGACAAGCUCCGAGAUCUUGAGCUCGGUUUCAACAGUGCACGCGAGCGUAAUGCAGCUCGCAAUGCGGAAAUUGAUCUUGUUUUCAAUUCUUCCAAGCUUGGAAAGCCAAGACAUGAGUUUUCCAUCGACUUUGCGAAUGAGUUGCCAACUCAUGAGGCCGCUAUACCGCUCGUCAAUAUGGCAUUUUCUACACUGCUCAACUACUGGGCCGAUGGACGGCUCAUGGACGUCCCAACCGGCUUCGGAAAGAUGGAAGACAACAAGACCUGA